AUGUAUCCUGGGACUGCGGAUGAAGUACUAGUCGAUUGCUCCCAUGGCAAGCAACUCUGGGAACUGUGUAAAGAGAAGUAUGAACCACUAUGGCUUAAAGGAGGGAACCACUGUGAUUUAGAGCUCUAUCCUGAGUAUAUCAGGCGUCUCAAGAAGUUCAUAUCAACCGUUGAGAAGUCUCCUUCCCAGAGAUACAGUUCUAGGAGAAGCACGGACCAGUUCGAGCAGCCUCGGAAGAGUACUGAUGUUUACGAAGUUUCAAGGAAGAGCACAGAUCGAAGGGAGAAACCGAGGAAGAGCACUGAUAGGCCUGAAAAACUGAAAAAUCAGUUCAUCAGUGCUGAUAAACUAGAAAAAUUAAGAGUAUCUUUCGACCAUAUGGAAAGGUCUCGGAGAAGCGUGGACUGCCAUGAGAAGUCUAGAAAAAGUAUCGACCACCAAAUGGACAGAGCGCAGAAGAGUGUGGAUCGGUUGGAUAGACUACGAACUGAGUAACUGUUGGAAUAAAAC